AUGGCUGAACAAGUCACUCAUUUAAAGGGCAGUUGGGGAUAUGCAACAAAGCUGGCCAGCCAGCAACAUCCACAUCCUUAUUUCAACAACUCUUUCUCCUCAGAGUUAAACCUUGCAGGAAAUUACCUGAAACAGCUCCCCGAUGAAGUUAAAUCCUUGACGCACUUGACAAGCAUUAACCUGGCAAGGAACAAAUUCUCAGUUUUCCCCCAACAGCUAACUGAACUGACAGCAUUGGAAACGAUUAACCUGGAGGGGAAUCAGAUUGCUGAGAUACCAGUUGAGAGACUUGCCUCUAUGCCCUCCCUCAAGUCACUGAAUAUGAAAUCCAAUCCUUUGAGCAGUGAUAACCAGACAACUGAGCAGAGUGUAUUAAAGUUUGAAUUACUGCUAGCAGAUGAAUAAAUAGUUACGUGGAACAGAGAUUGGAGCUUGUUUGGAGUGAACAAUACCAUUGGGUCAAGGAAUUGCUCCCUGGAAAACGGGAAAGCAGCUGGCAAAAUGUGGCAUUUUACCAGGAAAUGCAGCUGUGCCAAUCCAGAAAUCUGCCUUCAAAGAUUGAUUGGAUGGUUCAAACAAAUCAGUGUAAAUUGAGUGGUGGUUACACUUAAGUCUUCUGGAGCCUUGUUUAUUGUGGCAGCUUUGGUUUUCUCUUCAGAUAAAGCAAUUAAAAUUCUGCAUACACAGUC